AUUUCAGGGUUGAAGUAUGCACCAACAAGCGUGAUUUUUAUCAAGAUUCCAAGGAUUUCGAAUUUUCAAUGGCAUCCUUUUAGCAUAACUUCUAGCUCAAAAGUAGAUAAACACACUAUCUCUAUUUUGAUCAAAGCUGAGGGGUGGUGGACAAGCACCCUCUGUAAUAUGCUACAUUCAAAGCCUGAUUCAGAAGCUGGUGAAAUGAGAUUCUUUCAAGUAGAGACAGAAGGCCCUUAUGGACCUUCAUCAAUGGACUUCCUGAGAUAUGAUAGUCUACUUCUAGUUGCAGGUGGAAUUGGGGUUACACCAUUUUUGAGCAUUCUGCAAGAAAUUGCCUCUACAGGAAGUAACAAAAAUGUAUUACCUGUAAAAAUACAGCUUCUCUACACUAUAAAAGAUUCCCAAGGCAUCUGCUUGUUAGAUUCAGUUCUACCACAUCUUUUCGAUGCAGAACAACGUUAUCUACAACUGAAAGUGUUUGUGACACGUGAAAACCAAUCCGAUAGAUCCCUGCGAGAAGUGCUAAACGAGGUCUCUAAAAUACAGAACAUUCACUUCACCAACAAGCGUCCCGGUCAUGCAAUAUAUGGACUUGAGAACUUACAAUGGAUGUCUGUCCUCCUUUUGGUGGUGUCUGUUGUUUUCCUAGCAUUCCUUAUCAUCUCCAACCAUGUUUUUAUCAAGCCUGAUAAAACGUCAUCUGAACAGAAAACUGCUACUUCAGUAGUAGACAUACUUCUCAUAGGCUCGUUUGCAUUAGCGUUAAUAUCCAGCACCUUGGUGGCUACCAUAUGGGGAUGGAAGAGGCUAAGAGAAGAAAUUCCACCAUUUUCUGAAAAAGAGAGUAAAGCAAUGAAACCAACAGAAGCAAACAGAGUUUUUGAUCAACACGAAAUCCAUUAUGGAGCAAGACCAAACUUUAAAGAUAUUUUUUCCCAGUUUGCUAAUGAAUCCAAGGGAUCCAAUAUUGGGGUCUUUGUUUGUGGGCCUGAGACGAUGAAAGAAUCAGUAGCUACAACUUGCCGGCUACAUUCUAAGGCUUUCCAAAGUGGACGACAAGAUCAUAAACCAUUUUUCAGCUUUCACUCGUUAAAUUUCACUCUCUAAUACUCUGUGAACAUCCGUCGAGCACAUUGUCUACAAAUCAACUUAAUAAAAGUCCAGCCAUUACAAACAGGAUUCAGUACAAACCUGUUAUGGAAUGUUCUCCAUCUAUUGGAAAGAAAAAGUCUAUUGAACACGUCCUGUUUUUGAGUUUGGUGGC